AAUAAAAUAAAUAUAUAAGAAGAAGCAUUCUUAUUCUUCUUCUUCAAAACUUCAAAUUCUAUCUUGAAUGUUGCGUAUUUCUAUUCAUUUCAUGUUCUUCCACGUUGCUUCACAACCAUCUUCAUCCUCUUUUGGACUCUCCAACAAUGUUUGGUACUAUUGCUACCUUGCCCUAGACCCUUAAACAAAAUUAGUUUCAUAUGAUUUUAUUGUGUUUUAUUUCUUCAAAUCAUUUAGUUAAAGGAAAAAAGACACAGCACAAUGAAAAAGAUUGUUUUUGAGAAGAACAAGAAUAGGGGAGACCAAAAAACAAGCAGAAUUAAUAAGUUCUUGGUCACUAUUAACAUCAUGGGAAGUUCGGGUCCUAUAAGGUUUGUUGUGAAUGAGAAAGAGCUUGUUUCUGGGGUCAUUGAUAUUGCUCUUAAAUCUUAUGCAAGACAAGGAAGGCUUCCUCUUCUUGGUUUCAAUGCUGCUGAUUUCCUUCUUUAUUAUCCAAAUGCUGGAUUUGAUGCUCUGAAUGCAUUGGAACCCAUAGGAUCUUAUGAAGCAAGGAAUUUUGUGCUAUGCAAAAAGCAGGUGAACCAAUCAAACAAAGAGCCACAAUCAGAGCUGGUUUCUCCAAAGAGCAAGAGUGGCUGGAAAGAAUGGUUAAACAAAUCAUUUAGUUUGAAAAUCUUAUCCCAUUGAUUACAUGGUUAUAAAAUUCCAUUUGUAUUCUGAAUUGUGCUCAAUGUCACACUAUAUGAUAGUGGCCUUAGCAUUGAAGUGUAUAUGUUCUUCACUUCUUCAUUAUUAAUACAAAUGAUACUUGUACUUAAUUUAGAAAUUUGUAUCA